AUGCUGGGAAUUUCAGUUCGCAGGACCUAUUCUGCGCUCUCAAAGCGUACCAACAAGACCAAAGUACAGCUGCUCAGGGAUUUUCCGAAUUUCCAGCUUAUCAGGGGACAGGUGCUCGAAGUUAGUCCUUCUUUGAUGAGAAACUAUCUUCAUCCAGGCAAUGGAGCUCGAUAUAUAAUGAAUAACGGACAAAUCGACAGUCAACUUGAGAAUGAAGCUCUUGCGAAAUUAACGGCUAGACAAUCUGCUACCAGAAGCAAGAAGGAAAGUAUAGAAGCCAAACCAAAAGAAGCUGGAGGUGCUGCACCUGCGUCCGUUGAAAAGACCGUCAAGAUGCCCGAAAAGACAAAACAGAAGCAUAUUUUUUCCAGCGGAGUUACGUUGGAAGAUGCUAAGAUCCCGGGCUUGGAUCUUUGA